AGUCUGCUCUCUUUCUCUUUUCGGACUAUAUUCUCUCUCUUUCGGUCUCUCUCCGAAACCUAGAUUCUCAACCCCGCUUUUCAGCUUCUGCUCCCAUCAUCAAAAGGUGUAAAAUGGAAAGGCGAAUUCAACAGAGGCGAUGCCGACUGUCUUCUGGAUGAAAAGAUGCACUGCACAACCUACAAGCUAGCUGACUUCCGCAGAGAAUCGCCCAUUCCUCCAUGUUGCAACAACUCCUGACUUGGGAGAAGAAGUUCUACGAGGAAGUAAGAGAAAGCUUUACAAAAAUGCGCAGGCCAUUGUUCGCAAAGCACUCGCGAAAUGGAUUUAGUGUCAUCAUCUUAGGAGAGGCGCACACGAAUUGAAACUUCUGGUGGGGGAAGUUUUUUUGUGCCUGGCGCCAACGAAAUAGGAAUUUCAGAUUUAGAGUGCCUUCUCCCUCCUCAUAUCACAGCUAGGGUCACUUUCUUCUGUGUGCUCUGCCUCCUGCUUGUGGCCGCCGCUGAUCUUCCGGGACGAACGCUAGGCAGGCCUCGGACCUCACACCUCAUGCAACCUCCACGCUCGUGCGUCGCGCUCAAGGCUACAACCCCAGUCGCUCACACUGCUUUGCUCACACCGUUCUGCCUCCUGCAUGUGGCCACCUCUUCCGGUCUCAGAACUCGCAUCCCGCUAGCCUCAGACACUGUACUUGAGGCGACUUCCACCCUCGUGCUUAGCUAGAAAAGUAGGAGUCAGUAACAAGCUACAUGCACACAUAUUUUAGUGAAGACUACGGCAUAAUCAUGCAUUCUUAUGAAGAAAGGAGUAAAAAGAUGUCAGGUUCUAAAAAAAAUAAAGAACACUUGUCAAUUAAAGUACAAAAGUCUGGUUGUAAGGAGGUGAUUAGUGCACACAAAACUAAGCUUUCACACCCUAAACCUACAAAAUCACGAGCUCCAGUUCCUUCACAUGUAUCUAAAAAGCCUUCAGCAUUACCACCCUCUUCUUCGCAGCCACCACAAAAAUUCAAGAGAAAUUUACUAUCUUCCCAUGCCAAUCAUACACCAUCACCAUCACAAUCACCAGCUGAAUCACCAUAUUGUUCACCUAUCCAACCUCAGUCAUUUGAUAAUGCUCCUAAUAAUGAACGAAAUUUACAUCAUGCUCACUCAUCGGAUGAAAAUCAUCAAGAUGAAUCUCUUGCUCAAGAAGGUGAACUUGUCACUCAAGAAAGGCUCUUGAAAAUAGAGCCUUUUGGCAAUGACAAAUUUUCAGAAUUCUGCCCUUUCUGGAGACAUGCUAGUGAGCAAAUGCGAGAUUUGUGGUUUACUGAAUUUAGGAAAAAUUGUAUGUGGGAACCUCAACACAAUGCAAGAAUUCGUCAAAUUUUUGAGAUUAAAGAGAGUGAUCGAUUAAGAUCGUUGAUGAAUCAGGAGAGACACAAUUAUUCAAAUGACCCUAACCAUGCACCAAAAUAUAUUCCUGAACCCAUUUGGCAUCAACUAUUACAUUAUUUUGCUACAUAUUCGAACUUUAAGAACUGGUCAGCAGCAAAUACUGUGAAUCGAGCAUCAAAUGCUGGAAGUUCCAUGCAUACUGGUGGUUCCAUAUCUAUGGGUGAACAUGCACGCAGAAUGGAGAAAGCUACGGGAGUAAAACCUUCUCUAGAAGAGGUUUAUACCAAAUGCCACACCAAAAAAGACAAAAGUUGGAUUGAUGAAAGAUCUGAGAAAGUCAUUGGUGAAUUCAAAAAGCGAAAGACAGAACUUUCUCAAGUAGCUUUAUCCUUGGAUAAUGAGGGAGAUGUUGAGGCAUCUAAGGAAGGCCUAGAUAUACCAGAUGAUUAUACUGUUUGGAACGAAGUUGUGACAAAGGGAAAAAAGAAAGCUGCUUUUGGUUUAGGUUCUUUUGGCUUAGAUCUCUCUUCAAAGUUGGAUUCCAAAAAUUGUCCAGAGACAUCCAAAGACAAUCUAAAUAUUGAGCAAGAACUUCACAUGUGGAAAGAAAAAGCAAAGGAGCAAAAAAUAAUCAAUGAAGAGCAAAAUGUUAAGUUGAAAGAUGCUGAGCACAAGUUAAAAGAUCAAGGACGUCAACUAAAAGUUCAACAGAAAAGAAUUGGUUCUACUGAAAAGACAAUUCAUGCUUUGUAUAAAAAGUUGAAUCUCUCACUUCCUUCAACCUUGUCUGAUCCUACGGAAGAUGAGCUUGGGACAGGCUCUAGUGAUGAUAACAUGAGUGAUUGAUAUUUGGAGUAUAUGUUUCUUCUGAUUUAGAUUAAGGAAUUUUAGGUGAAUUAGUUAGUACAUUUUAUUUUAUUCAUGAUAUUUGACUUUU